AUGAGACAGGGUCCCGUGUUUGCAGGGGAAAGACGGAUGGAUGAGCUUGAUUUUACAUUCGAUGUUACACUUGAGGUCUCUGUCCCGUCGUACAAUGGUGUUACAAUUGAGGUGUCAGACCCGUCCUACAGCGAUGUUACACUUGAGGUCUCUGUCCCGUCCUACAGCGAUGUUACACUUGAGGUCUCAGACCCGUCCUACAGCGAUGUUAUACUUGAGGUCUCUGUCCCGCCCUACAGCGAUGUUACACUUGAGGUCUCAGACCCGUCCUACAGCGAUGUUACACUUGAGGUCUCUGUCCCGUCCUACAGCGAUGUUACACUUGAGGUCUCAGACUCAUCCUACAGCGAUGUUACACUUGAGGUCUCAGGCCCGUCCUACAGCGAUGUUACACUUGAGGUCUCUAUCCCGUCCUUCAGCGAUGUUACACUUGAGGUCUCAGACCCGUCCUACAGCGAUGUUAUACUUGAGGUCUCUGUCCCGUCCUUCAGCGAUGUUACACUUGAGGUCUCAGAACCGUUCUACAUCGAUGUUACACUUGAGGUCUCUCUCCCGUCCUACAGCAAUGUUACACUUGAGGUCUCUCUCCCGUCCUACAGCGAUGUUACACUUGAGGCCUCUGUCCCGUCCUACAGCGAUGUUACACUUGAGGUCUCUAUCCCGUCCUACAGCGAUGUUAAACUUGAGGUCUCUGUCCCGUCCUACAGCCAUGUUACACUUGAGGUCUCUGUCCCGCCCUACAGCGAUGUUACACUUGAGGUCUCUCUCCCGUCCUACAUCAGUGUUACACUUGAGGUCUCAGACCCGUCCUACAGCGAUGUUGUACUUGAGGUGUCUUUCCCGUUGUACAGCGAUGUUGUACUUGAGGUCUCAGACCCGUCCUACAGCGAUGUUGUACUUGAGGUCUCUAUCCCGUCAUACAAUGGUGUUACACUUGAGGUCUCUGUCCUGUCCUACAGCGAUGUUACACUUGAGGUCUCUGUCCCGCCCUACAGCAAUGUUACACUUGUGGUCUCUGUCCCACCCUACAGCGAUGUUACAUUUGAGGUCUCUGUCCCGCCCUACAGCGAUGUUACACUUCAGGUCUCUGUCCCGCCCUACAGCGAUGUUACACUUGAGGUCUCUGUCCCGCCCUACAGCGAUGUUACACUUGAGGUCUCAGACCCGUCAUACAAUGGUGUUACACUUGAGGUCUCUAUCCCGUCCUACAGCGAUGUUAAACUUGAGGUCUCUGUCCCGUCCUUCAGCGAUGUUACACUUGAGGUCUCUGUCCCGUCCUACAGCCAUGUUACACUUGAGGUCUCUGUCCCGCCCUAA